AUGAAGUUACCAUCUACGGCUCUAGCAGUUGCGCUGUUGGCGGCUGCGAAGGUGGUCGUUGCUGACUCCGAGAAAUUCAGCUUGGAAUCACUCAGCGGGGCUGCGGACCUAAAAUCUGUUAGCUUGCAGUUGAAGUCGGGGAAGUUAGUAUUUAGCCCAGGAGGUAAGAUUUCUGUGCUGGUUACUGAUGCAGGAAGACUGAGCUUUGACGGUAAUAAGUUUGCCGUUAUUGAGGACUCGGGCGCCAUUACGUUCGGUGACGAAAAAGAAGGUACGCUCGGUUUCGCAGUUAGAGAUGGCCGUCUUACCUUUAGGUCCAUCGACAGCUUCUCUGCUACUAAGGUUAACGGGGAAUACACUCUUAGCGUUGGUUGGAACGCAGAUGCAACCUCAGUUGGAAUCCGGGCUGUAAAAGACGGGUCUCCAGUUAAGGACUUUACUCCUGUUGUCAGUAUUAUAGACAAACCAAAGGGCAUAGACAUUGGUUCAUUAUGCAGUAAGUUAGAAAAACUUUGCCAUUGGUCUCAUACACCAUCAUGCUCUACUGUGGUGCCACCUCCGCAGCCAACUACCUCCGGUAAGCCAGGUGAGUCGACUGCGGUGCCACCUCCACAGCCAACUACAUCUGGCAAGCCAGGCGAGUCGACUGCGGUGCCACCUCCAAAGCCAACUACCUCCGGCAAGCCAGGUCCAUCUACUACUGCGGUGCCACCUCCAAAGCCAACCACUUCCGGAAAGCCAGGCGAAUCGACUGCCGUCGUACCACCCCCAAAGCCAACUACAUCUGGUAAGCCAGGCGAGUCCACUGUGAUUCCACCUCCAAAGCCAACUACCUCCGGUAAGCCGGGCGAGUCCACUGCCGUCGUACCACCCCCAAAGCCAACUACAUCCGGUAAGCCAGGCGAGUCCACUGUGAUUCCACCUCCAAAGCCAACUACCUCCGGCAAGCCAGGUCCAUCUACUACUGCGGUGCCACCUCCAAAGCCAACCACUUCCGGAAAGCCAGGCCCAUCUACUACUGCGGUGGUGCCACCUCCAAAGCCAACUACCUCCGGUAAGCCAGGCGAGUCCACUGUUAUUCCACCUCCAAAGCCAACGACAUCCGGCAAGCCAGGCCCAUCUACUACUGCGGUGGUGCCACCUCCAAAGCCAACGACCUCCGGAAAGCCAGGUCCAUCUACUACUGCGGUGCCACCUCCAAAGCCAACGACCUCCGGAAAGCCAGGUCCAUCUACUACUGCGGUGCCACCUCCAAAGCCAACGACCUCCGGAAAGCCAGGUCCAUCUACUACUGCGGUGCCACCUCCAAAGCCAACGACCUCCGGAAAGCCAGGCCCCUCUACUACUGCGGUGCCACCUCCACAGCCAACCACUUCCGGAAAGCCAGGCCCAUCUACUACUGCGGUGCCACCUCCAAAGCCAACGACCUCCGGAAAGCCAGGUGAGUCCACUGUGAUUCCACCUCCAAAGCCAACUACCUCCGGCAAGCCAGGCCCAUCUACUACUGCGGUGGUGCCACCUCCAAAGCCAACGACCUCCGGUAAGCCAGGUGAGUCGACUGCCGUCGUACCACCUCCAAAGCCAACGACCUCCGGUAAGCCAGGCCCAUCUACUACUGCAGUGCCACCUCCAAAGCCAACGACCUCCGGUAAGCCAGGUCCAUCUACUACUGCGGUGCCACCUCCAAAGCCAACUACCUCCGGAAAGCCAGGCCCAUCUACUACUGCGGUGCCACCUCCAAAGCCAACUACCUCCGGAAAGCCAGGUGAGUCCACUGCGGUGCCACCUCCAAAGCCAACUACCUCCGGCAAGCCAGGCCCAUCUACUACUGCGGUGCCACCUCCAAAGCCAACCAACCCAGGCAAGCCUUGCACGCACUCGCACCGUCCGGGUGAAACAUGCACGCACCACCCAGGCAAACCAACCUCUCAUGGCCCACCCCCACAACCAACCGCACCAGGACAUACAACUGGACAUGUUCCACCUCCAAAACCAACCGCACCAGGGCAUACGACUGGCCAUGUUCCACACCCAAAACCAGACCAUCCCCACCACCCAGGGAAGCCGUGCACACACUCUCACCGUCCAGGUGAAACUUGCACGCACCACCACCCAGGCCAGCCAACUGGCCAUGUUGAACAUCCAAAACCAGACCAUCCCCACCACCCAGGGAAGCCGUGCACACACUCUCACCGUCCAGGUGAAACUUGCACGCACCACCACCCAGGCCAGCCAACUGGCCAUGUUCCACACCCAAAACCAGACCAUCCCCACCACCCAGGGAAGCCGUGCACACACUCUCACCGUCCAGGUGAAACUUGCACGCACCACCACCCAGGCCAGCCAACUGGCCAUGUUCCACACCCAAAACCAGACCAUCCCCACCACCCAGGGAAGCCGUGCACACACUCGCACCGUCCAGGUGAACCAUGCACGCAUCACCCAGGCAAGCCCACUGGUCGUGCUCCACCUCAACCAAACAAGCCUCACCACACAAGGAAGCCAUGCACACACUCGCACCGUCCAGGUGAACCAUGCACGCAUCACCCAGGUCAACCAAAGCCUACUGCAAAGCCUCCAGCGGCACAACCAGGUAAACCCGCUCCACCAGUCCAACCAAAGCCUACUGCAAAGCCACAUGGCGGGCAUCCCGGUGGUCAUCGGCCAGGAGGGUCGAAAGAUUGCCAUGAAACAAAAACUUAUAAAGGCGGCAUCCGAGUUGAUAAAGGGCCCCACCAUACCAAAGGUGGAGGGAUAGUCCACGAAGGACAAGCUACCAAGAUUGCCGGUCACGGUGCCGGCCCUGCAGCUACUGCUGCUCCAGGUGCCGGUGGCCACGGAACUAGUGGCGGCGGCGCCAGCGGGCAUGGCGGCGCCAGCGGGCAUGGCAAGAAAGCCAGCGGGCAUGGCGGUGUCAGCGGGCAUGGCGGUGUCAGCGGGCAUGGCGGUGCCAGCGGGCAUGGCGGUGCCAGCGGCGGGAAGAAAGCCAGCGGCAGCGGAACCAGAGGCGCUGGAGCAGCCCACCACAGGGGUAGCGGCUCCAGCAAGGGUUCAGGGAGCGGAGCGCACAGAGGAGGCUCAAGAAGUGGAGGCCACACAGGCAGCAGGCCCAAGAGUGGAGGCCACAGAGGCGGUGGAAGGUCGGGGGGCCACCGCGGUGGCAGGCGCGAUCUCGGCGAUGACAUAGUGGAUUACCAGCAGGACGUUCAGAUGCAGAAGCGCGCAGAAACAACCGCUCACCCCGUGUCGGUAACCACUUCCCAUUUUACCAGCCAUGCUGUGACCGGGUCGCAAUCGUCGGCGCACGCCAUCGCAACAACUAACGGCGCGGGCGCGGGUUUCAUGAGCAUUCCGUUCGGCGCCGUAGUGUUGGGCGUCGCGGCAAUACUGCUGUGA